AUGGUUCUCUUCAUCCUGCUCUCGGCGCUUUUCUUGGCGGUAAUGGCAUCAGCACAGAAUACAAACUACUUCAUCACUCCGCCAACGCCUGGAGAUAUCCACGAGUACGCAGACAAUAAUGUGUACGCUGAGGGCUCCACACUAGAACUUCAAUGGGCGACGAAUUAUUCUUUCGUCGACUUGGUGCUGUGGCAGAACGACAAUUCGAGCUAUCAGACUUUGAUUGAUGAUCAGCGGACGACAUCAUCAUUCUCAUGGAACGUCAACUUGACUGGGAUGUUCUCAUUGAAUAAAGGGAAUGGUGAGCAAGGACAACCGUUUCAUGAUGAGAAGACAACACGCUGAUGGGAUACGCAGUGUUCUUCUUCGAGGUCUUCAACGGCAGCACGGACACCAGCUUCUCAAGCCAUUAUUUCAACAUCACAGCAGCGGCCGCAAGUAGUAGCUCGACACCUACCAGCUCUUCGACUGCGACCACAACUUCGUCGUCAACCCCUGCCUCCCAAACGAACAACCCCUCGGCAGUAGCGAACUCCGACUCGGGCCUCUCGACCGGCGCAAAAGCAGGCAUAGGCGUUGGCGUAGCAAUAGGCGCACUCGUACUCAUCGGGGCCGGCAUCGCAGCCUUCUUCCUCCUUCGAAGACGAAAAGGCGGAGACUACGCACCAGCCAAGUCAUCCCCAGACUUCCUUUCCGGCAGCGAUCAAGCCAUGCAACAACAGCAUCAGUAUCAGGCAUAUCAAAAGCCUCCGACUAAUAGUGGAGAACUCCCUUCAGCUCCGGUAUACUCGCCACGAGGAGGCUAUGUGGCGGUACCGAGCCAGGAGAAACCUGUCGAGAUGGCGGCGUCUGAUCGGGGGCCGAGCGAAUUACCCGCACAUCAGGCGACACAUGAGUUGAUGGCGCCGAGUCCGACGACGCAGUACAAAUGA